AUGACUAGCCCCUGGACCUUUGCUUUAUGGGGAAUUGACCUGAUUAGCGCAUUACCCAUAGGCAGGGGAGGAGCAAAGUAUGCAGUAGUAGCAGUGGAUUACUUCACCAAAUGGGUCAAAGUGGAACCUCUGGUCAACAUAAUGGCCAAGUGGAUCACCGCCUUUGUCAACAAGGCCAUCGUUAGCAGAUAUGGAGUGCCCUACAAAAUCAUCUCUGUUAACGACACUCAGUUUAAAGGGGGAACGUUCGAGGAGUAUUGUAAGGAGAAAGACAUAAGGAGGAGUUUCUCAGCUGUGGUACACCCACAAGACAAUGGGCAAGUUGAGGCCAUUAAUAAGGUUAUCAAGAAGAACCUAUAA